CUCUUUCUUCUCUCUUUCUCGUUUUCCUUUAGUUAUUAUUAUUAGUAUUACCUGUGUUUCUGUCAAUUUGUGGAAAGUUAAAAGAAAAGAGUCAAAAAAAUGCAAUACCAGACGGAAUCGUGGGGAUCGUACAAGAUGAACAACUUAGGGUUCGGUGGCGGCGUGGGGCUUGCGGCAGACACAGGCCUCCUUCGCAUAGAGUCUCUGGUGGCGGAGAGCGCGGUGGUGAUAUUCAGCGUGAGCACUUGCUGCAUGUGCCACGCCGUGAAGGGCCUCUUCCGUGGAAUGGGCGUCAGCCCCGCCGUCCACGAGCUCGACCUCUAUCCCUACGGCGGCGACAUCCAGCGAGCCCUCAUUCGUCUCCUCGGCUGCUCCGGCGCCUCUUCUCCAGGGGCUCUUCCGGUCGUCUUCAUCGGCGGUAAACUGGUUGGGGCUAUGGACAGAGUCAUGGCUUCUCACAUCAACGGCUCUCUCGUUCCACUCCUCAAAGACGCCGGCGCUCUCUGGCUCUGAUCCCUCCUUACUUUUCCUCUGCUUUCUUUCUUUCUUUCUUUAAUUUUUAGUUAAGCUUUCUUUUUUUUUUAAGAGAUAAACGUGGAAGAGAGUAGGGAACAACUCAAAGCUGUAAUGACGACAGGUUAGGUUAUAGUUUGUAAUUAGAGGGUAAGAGUGCGUUUGUUUUAGGCUCACCUAUUAUCCCGUCUCUCUCUCCCUCUUCUCUCUUAGUCUUUCGAUUUUCCAUUUUGUUUUCCUAGUUACAGUAUUCAGUGCUCACUAAUCUUUUAAAAUCCCAACGGUAUUAA